UGCAAGGCGAUCCAUGUUCCCUUCUCAAACAGCGCCGAUCUUGCGCACCGCGAUGGUCUUCAUCUCCCUGGUCCAGUCGCUGCUCUGCCCCGACAUCUUCGACUCUCAGUAAAUCCUCAUGCUGCCAACCGCCGACGACUGCGAUGACUGCGUGCCCGAGUACAUGCGGCGUUCGCCUUCCACCCUCCUCUUCUCCUCGAUUCCCUUUCUCGCGACUUUCCUCGUCGUCGCCGUUGCCGUGAGCCAGCGCCUCUUCCCUCUCCUGUCCGGCCAAGCACCAGCGAAAUUCUACCAUGAUACACAUUCGCCGUCGCCGACGUCCCAUCCCACUCUGCGCGAGGCUGCAAGGCGGGGCCCCGCUCCCCCAGCUUUAAAAAGAAUCGCGAGCCUGGUCUUUUCAACCAACAUUGCGCUGAGCGCAGUCCUGGUCGAACUCAUUCUCUGCGAGAUCUCCGGCUCCGUCAAUCCAGUCGCACGCAGUCUGGCGCUCAAAAUCACUCUGUCCUCCUUGCUCGUCUUGCUGAUCCUGGUCACACCGGCGCUCGAAAUUCACUCCAUUGUAUCAGCGGGAGGUUGGGCCUUUGCGGAGCCGGGAAAGGGGCGGUUGCGGAUCGCGUGGUUACUCGAGGGCGUUGGGCUGGCAGUCUGGCUGCUGGCAUUCUGGUGGAUCGGAAGAGGCUUGUUGGGGAGUACCUUGCAUGAAAAGAGCUAUGAGAAUAAGCACAGUUUCAGCGAAGGGUGCUUGGAAAGGAUCGGCGUUAUUGGAAUCAGCUUGAUGGCGGGAUUGGCGGGGUUUGCUGCUGUCAGUUCACUCUGGCAGACAUUUGGAGUUAAGACCAAAAUGGUAUCCGAGGCAGACAUCUCCCGCAAGCAAGCCGGUUUGGAAGCCGCCAAUGACAUGCUACUCGCAAAGCAAAGCCGUCUACGGGCCGUACAACGCAGGCUGUCUGAUAACCCACCGGAAGGCUUCAUGACGCGAGUAAUUGGAAGUAUUCGUGGUAAUGCCGAACAACAGGAGCGCCAGAGUCUUCAGCUUGAGAUAUCCGGCCUGGAAACAAUGGCUGCUUCUCUUCAUAACUCAUUGAUGGCCCUCCAAAAUAGACGCCAGGCUCAACUACGCUCCAGAACUGCCAUAGGACACCUGCUAAAUAUCUUCGCCUACGCCUUUUCGGUUUAUUGUCUCUACCGCAUUGGCGCCACUACACUUACCACCUUCCGGAGGCUUUCGUCUCCCGGUACCUCUUUUUCCAACAGCGAUCCUAUCAACAAUAUCCUGGCACUCCUUGCCAAGCAUUGGGACCCGUCGCUCGAUCGGGCCGCAUGGUCGCGUCAGAUUAGCUUCCUGUUAUCUGGUGUCAUGCUGCUAGCAUCGUUCAACAGCGUGCUUCAGACUUUUCUGCUAUUCACGCGGCUGGCGCCAUCGCUGCUCCAGCACGCCCAGUCUAACAUCGCCCUCAUCAUAUCCCAAAUCAGUGCCACCUACGUAAUCAGCUCCGCAUUGCUGCUCCGCAGCAACUUGCCGCCCGAGUACCGCGGUGUCAUUAGUGAGGCGCUGGGCGCACCGCUAGAGCCGGGCUUUGUGGAACGCUGGUUUGAAGGCUGGUUCCUUGGGGCAUGUUUGCUCACAGCGCUCUUCAUUUGGUUCGGUAAGAAGAUUGGCACAGGUGAGUGGGGAGAAGAUGACGACUACGGGGACGGAGAUGUAGAGAUGGGGAAGAGAAGCUGAUGAAUUAGUCGAAUUGGCUUGUUUACUGUGGCGUAUUGGGCGGGUUUUGAUUAUCACUCAACAAAUAGAUACCUAAUGAAAAUACGCAUGCCCUGCAUCGAAGGAUGCCAGCAAUAAUAAUUUAACAUCGUAUGUAAUACCCGGUGCAACGAAACAACACUAAUUAUCGGCUAUUUACUGAGACACACGGUU